AUGGUAGAGCGGAAAGGAUACACAAGAAAUGAUAUUUACAACGCUGAUGAAACAAGUAUAAACUGGAAGGUAUUACUCCGAAAAUCAUUUGUAUCAUUUCGUGAAUCAUCAGCACCUCGUUAUAAAGUUAGUAAAGUUAGGAUAACUGUGAUGAUUUGCGCAAAUACUAUUGGAGAUCACGCUUUACCAUUAUUAGUGAUUGGAAAAGCUAUUAAACCACGGUGUCUUAAAAAUAUUAAUCGACUUCUAAUGACAUAUAAGGCACAAAAAAAACUUGAAAUAAAUAACAAAAUUGAUGUGAAAAACUGGCUAGAAAAUGAUGCAAAUGAUUUAAGAUUUGAAAUAUUGAACGAUGGUGAAAUUGUUGAAUCAGUAAAAGAAUCAGAACUGUUUGCUCAAAUUGAAAAUGAAUAUGAAGACGCCGAGAACUAUACUGGUCGUACGCCAGGUGAAAUCUUUACAGUAUUAGAGGCAAUAAUGUAG